AUUUGCUGUGAUCGUCAAUGUAAUUUGUUAUGAUAAAACAAAGGCAAAUGCAAUAACCGUCGUUGCGAUCUGUCGUAAAACGGAUAAAAUACUAUAACAGAUGCGAUAUAACUGUUGCGAAUUUUGGACAAACCCCCAAAGGGAGGUGGGACUUGUUGCGCACGCUGAAAAGAGAAGCACAGAAUAUUACCCUCUCGGACUGAUCCACGACCCGUACGGAAGCGUAGUGUUCGUAACAACGUAGCACGUAUAUAUAUAAACGGAAAAGUAGAUUUCACUCUGUACAGUAUCUUCGUUUGUACCAAACUGUUCGCGCUUUGGGGCACAGACCAAAUGUAUCGAAACGCAGUGUUUCUAAUGGCCUGGUCUUUGGCCACGGUCACCGCCAUUUUGGAUUCGACCCGAAGUCAACGUUACUGGGAGGACACGAAACCAGACGAAGCUGCUCGCUAUCAAAAUGACAACAUGUUGAAAACGUAUGUGUUCAGAGGAGGAAAUAAACAAUUCGUUACUUCAGUAUUUCCAGAAAUGGAUGCCAGAGGAUUUCAUGAGUAUGUUUUUGAUGGUCUACAACCGGAUUUUCAGUGGCCAUCAAUUAAAUUUAAAAGGAACUAUUAUCCACAAGGAAUUACGUCUCGAGGGUUCAGCGAUGAUAUUUUUCACCAAAGCUUUGGAAUGUUCGAGCCUUUAAAAAGGUCGGUGUCGAGAACGUCGCCGUCCGUGGCAAACCUGUUGCGGCGCCUGUACCAGAACACCGGCGACGGCGGCGGCGGCAUCAGACUGCGCCAACCGGAGCAGACGCUGCAGAGAUCGGCGGCCAAGCGCCGGCCCGAGAUGGACGCCAACGGAUUCCACGGCGACUCGUUCACCGGCGGUUUCGACCGGUUCGACACGAUGAAGCGCAGGCCGGAGAUGGACGAGACCGGUUUCGAGGGCGACUCGUUCACCGGUUUCGGCGGUUUCGAGACCAUGAAGAGGGACGGCGGCGGCGACGACAAGACCGACGCGGCGCACUCGGCGGCCCGGCCCAAGUCGUCCGCCCACGCCGGACGUCUGUUCGGCGCGCGACAGGAGUAACGGCGGCAGCGGCAGCAGCAGAAGCAUAUAAUUCCACCACCGUCACUAUACCAUCACCGUCACCCACAGCAGGAGAACUCGUCGUCGUCGUCGUCGUCGUCGUCGUCGUUACAGCAGUCGCCUCCGCGCCGUCGUCUUUGCGUCGUCGUUUUUUAAUAUUAUAUAAUAUAAUUUAAAAAAAAAAAAUAAUAAUAAAAAAUACGAAAAUAUAAUAUACGUAUUUAUAUAGCCAGUAGAAAUUGGAUUCGUAAUAAUAUAUUAUAUAUAUACAUACACACAUACAUAGAUAGAGACUUAUUAUACUGUAGGCGGAAAUCGUGUACUUGCAAUAUAAUAUUAUUAUCGUGGGAGAGCGACAAACGUAUUUUAAAAUAUCUAAAUCUCAGUAUUAUAAUCUAAUUCUAUGAUCUAAAUCAACUUUUCUGGAAAAAAGUUAAGAUUUUUUUUUAUAUGUACUUAAUUUUUAGUUACCGGUACAUCAUCAUGACGCAUCAAUCAAAGUAUUAACCACUUUUAAUAGAUAGGUUCCCUACAUUUCUAUGGACAAUAUGUAUAUGAAAAAAUUUUAAUCGUCAAGGGCUUACUGGAUUUUUUUUUUUUUUUUGCUACAUCCACCCUCUCACGAUUUCCGCUAUUGCUUAUUACUUUCAUAAUCAUUAUUCAUUAUCAUUAUUAUAAUUGCGAUUGAUUGAACGAAACUAUGGACGAUCGGUGUGAUAUACGUGCAAUGUUAUAACUAAAAUAAUAUAAUACACAUAUAGUCACAUAGAUGUGUAUAAUGUGUCGAUAACUACAUUAUUAUAAACUAAUUUCUGUUCUAAAUUAUUAUCUGAAAUAAAUGAGAUAUGUAAACAUA